AUAAAUUUAAAUUUAACAAAAAUUAUAUUUUUUACUUUACUAAUAUUUAGAACUUUAAUAUCAAUUUCAGCAUCAAAUUGAUUAUCAAUAUGAAUAGGAUUAGAAUUAAAUUUAUUUUCAAUUAUUCCAAUUUUAAAUUUUAAAUCAUCAAUUUAUUCAAUUGAAGCCACAAUAAAAUAUUUUCUUAUUCAAGCUUUUGCUUCAAUUUUAUUAUUAAUUUUUUUAAUUAAUAAAAACUUAUUGUUUAUUAACAAUGAUAAUAUAUUAAUUAUAAUAUCACUAUUAAUAAAAUUAAGAUUAAUACCAUUUCAUUUAUGAUUACCUUCUAUAAUAGAAGGAUUAAAUUGAAUAUCAUGUUUAUUAAUAAUAACUUGACAAAAAAUUACACCUUUAAUUAUAAUUUCUUAUUUAAAUGUUAAUAAAAAUAUAAUAUUUUUAAUUGUAUUAAUCUCAAUAAAUUCAAUUUUUGGUUUAAAUCAAAAUUCAAUACGUAAAAUUUUAGCUAUAUCUUCAAUCAAUAACACAACAUGAAUAUUAUUUGCAAUUUUAAUAAAUGAAAAUUUAUGAAUCAACUACUUUUUAAUUUAUUCAAUAUUAAAUUUUUUAAUUAUUAAAAUACUUAAUAAUUAUAAUAUUAAUUAUAUUAAUCAAAUAAAACUUUUUAAUCUAAAUUUUUAUUUUAAAUUAAAUUUAUUAAUAUUAAUUUUUUCAAUUAUAGGUUUACCUCCUAUAUUAGGAUUUUUAAUAAAAUGAAUACUUAUUAAAAAUUUAAUAUAUAAUAAUAUAUAUAUUAUUAUAAUAAUAUUAAUUAUAUUAACAAUCUUAAAUUUACUUUUUUAUAUUAAAAUAACUUACUUUAUAUUAUUCAAUUUUAAUUUAUUUAAUAAAUGAUAUUUACAUAUUAAAAAAAAUAACUAUAAUUUCAUUAUAAUAAUAAAUUUUUUUAGAUUAUUUUUUAGAUACUUAUUUAUUUAUUAA